AUGGGAAUGAAUGUUAUUGUGCUUUCAUUAGCCUUACCAAGCCAUAUCAUGGUUGUUUUGAAAGUUGCCAAGCGCCUUAUUUCAAAGGGCGUUCAUCAUGUUACCAUUGUCACCACAGAAGAAGCACGUGACAACAUCCUAAGAAUCCCAAAUUCACAAAGCUCAAACAUCAGCUUUGAGUUUUUCUCUGAUGGCCUUAGCCUUGAUAAUGAUCGUAUCGAUCGAGAGGAAGUAAUCAAUUCUCUUGAAACAAAAGGCUCCAAGAAUCUAUCUAGUCUCAUCUCUACUCUCACUAAAACUCGAGAAUAUUCUUGUAUGAUUAUCAGUGGAGUCUUCCACUGGGCUACAAAUAUUGGUGUUGAGCAUGGAAUUCCUUGUGCGCUACUUUGGAUUGGAUCUUCUUCCGUGUUUUCCAUUUGUUAUCGCUACUUCAAGGGCAUUAAUGUGUUCCCGGUGGAGGACCUUAAUGAGAAUGUGCACAUACCAGGAUUGCCAACAAGUUUUGAGGUCAGAGAUGUUCAUUCCUUUAUGCUUCCUAAUACCCCUGAAAUAUUGAGAAAAGUUUUGAUAGAUUUAUUCAAAUCAUUUGACAAGGUGAAAUGGGUCAUAGGGAUCUCUAUUUAUGAGAUCGAGGAAGAGGUAGUGAAGUCCAUAGCUUCGCUAACCCCUUUUUACACGAUCGGGCCACUUGUUUCACCAUUUUUGUUGGGAAAAAAGGAAACUAAUGAUGAUAAUGGUAACGUGCAUAUGUGGUAUGCUGAAGAUUCCUGCAUAGAAUGGCUAGAUAAUAAGCCAUCUACCUCUGUUAUAUAUGUGUCAUUUGGAAGCUUGGUUGUGUUGUCCAAGAAAGAAAUACAUAACUUAGCUAUGGCUUUGAAGAACAUCAACAAACCAUUCUUGUGGGUGCUUAACCCAUCCAAGAAAGAUUGUGUUGAAGAAUUACCACCUGAGUUUCUACAAGACACAAAAGGAAUGGGUUUGGUGGUGAAAUGGUGCAAUCAAGAGAGGGUUUUGAGGCAUCCUUCUGUGGCAUGCUUUGUGAGUCAUGGUGGGUUUAGCUCCAUUAUGGAGACUAUCGUUGCUGGGGUGCCAGUUGUUUGUCUUCCAUAUUUUUCUGACCAUCCUACAAAUGCUAUGCUUAUAACUAAUGUAUUUGGAAAUGGGGUUAGAAUCAAGUGUGGGGAAGAUUGUGUUGUUAGUGCUCAAGAGUUUGAAAGGUGCAUUUGGGAAGUCACGGAUGGGCCCAAUGCUAGAAAGAUAAAGAAUAACGCAUCAGAGAUGAAAAUGUUGGCAAGAAAGGCAUCACAAGAAGGGGGUAGUGCUGACAAUAACAUAGGCCAGUUUAUCAAUGAAAUUAUGAAAUAA